AUGUCCGCCUUCGAAAUCAUCACCGGCUUCCUUCCCCACCUAUUCUACUCUCAAUUCUUCGUCACGCCCAAAUACCCAUUCGAAGACUUAACAGGCAAGACUGUCAUCGUCACGGGAGCGAAUACCGGUCUAGGCAAAGAAGCGGCUCGACACUUUGUGCGUCUCAAUGCCGAGAAAGUCAUCAUAGCUUGCAGAACAGUCGAGAAAGGCGAAGCCGCGAAGAACGAUAUCGAGCGCUCAACUGGCCGUACUGGAGUUAUCGAGGUCUGGAAGCUUGAUUUGCAGGAUUACGACAACGUCAAGGCGUUUGCGAAGAAAGCGGAGGGGUUAAAGAGGCUGGAUAUUGUGAUUGAGAAUGCUGGCAUCAAUACUUCGAAAUUCGUCAAGGCAGGCGGGAACGAGUCGACCAUCACAGUCAAUGUCACUUCGACGUUCUUGCUGGCUUUGCUCUUGCUUCCUAAGCUUCAACAGUCGGGGAAGGUUAAUGCUGUCACGCCCACACUCACUAUCCUCCCCGAAAAAUCUGCACCUUCGGUCUUCGAGACGCUGAAUGAUGAGAAGACCGCUCGUAUGGAUCAACGCUACGCGACCUCGAAGCUCCUGGAAGUGUUUGCUUGUCGAGAGAUUGCACGCCAGCAUCCUAUCGACCAGCUAGGCGUUACGAUCAACUUCGUCAACCCAGGCUGGUGCCACAGCGAACUAGCACGCGAGAUCGACAGCGCAGUCUUCCGCGCCAUCACAAGGGUGUUCUGCCGAACGACCGAGGUGGGCAGUCGCACGCUCGUGAAUGCUGGUCUUAGUGGUAAGGAGACACAUGGGAAGUACUUGAGCGACGACACAAUCACGCCUUGUGCUCCGUUGGUGGAGGGAAAGGGUGGUGCUGAGCUCCAGAGUAAGAUUUGGAGGGAGUUGGUCGGGCAGCUUGAGGGUAUCCAGCCGGGUAUUACGAAGGUGUUGGAGGUGUAG